ACAGUCAGUGAUGGAAGCCAACGGCAAGUUUCGGUCUUUCAGAGUGUUCUCGCUGUCGUACCCGAGCCCGGAGGGGAAUCCCGCAACUGCCAGGCGCAGAUCCGAGUAUGGUGGGCGAGAGAACAUGGACCGCAACUGGGGCAUCGCCGUGGCCGCGGCCGUGGCUUCUUUCUUCAACCUGGCGACGCAGAUAAACUCUGGCUUCUUCUUCGUCGCAAUUAUUGACACCUUCUCCGUGGACCACUCAAACGCCUCGUGGCCGCAGAGCGUUUUCACCAUCAUGACGUACUCCGGCAGCCUGAUCGUGGUUGUGCUUCAGCGGCACUUCACUGUGUCACAGAUCACACUGCUCGGGAGCUUGAUGCUGUGGAUACCGCUGAUAGGGGCUGCGUUUGCUCCCAACAUCGCAGUGAUGACACUUACCCUCGGUGCUCUUCAUGGCAUGGGUGCAGGUAUCGUGCUCGUGAGUUUCAUGGUUACCUUGGGCUUGCACUUUGACAAGUACUUGGCCGUCGCCAGUGGACUCCGCGACGCUGGCACCACGCUGUGCGCCUUCGUGUUUCCCUCUCUGCUGUCCUUCCUCAACAGCCUUUACUGUCUCCAAGGCACCCUCCUCAUCUACAGUGCUCUCGCCAUGAACGUGACGGUCGUGGCUCUCUUCUUGUGGGUGCGAGUACGAGAGAGCGAAGAAGACGACAACCCAGCGGGCCCUGUCUUCACGCCAACGAAAGAUGACGGAGUUUCUACACUUUCGAAGUCGCACGUGGACCAUGGACAGUCGCCAAAGGCUUACCGCGGCGACAACGAAUGCCAGGCGUCGCUCGCCUCGUUUUUACGCAUGCUCGCCGUAUUGAAGGCUCCCAGCUUCUACGUCGUCAUUCUUGGUGCCACGGUUGAGAUUUACGGCUACACCGUGUUUCUCGAGACCAUAGAAGCUUACGCCCUCGACAAGGGAGCAUCCCGUCAGGCGGCCGACAUGGCGAUCACGUACGCAACCAUCGGCGAAAUCGUCGGCUACGUCGGCGUGCCCUUGAUCGCCGACAUGAAAUUCGUGAGCCGGCCGACGCUGAUGACCAUCUGCUUCGUCCUGCUCACAAUGUGCUACGCGCUCGUUCCCUACACGUCGUGGCCGAUGACGUACGUCGUGGACAACGCCCUCCUCAUUACUUUCAUCGCCUGCCGCCAGCUCGCUGCGGUGUUCGAUCAUGACGGAAUACUUCGGUGCCGUGCAAGUGCCCCUGUGCAUGACGGCCGUUGGACUGCUGCUCAUUCCUCUGCAACUAAGCAGCCCCACGAUUAUAGGCUACUUCCGCGAUGACCUCGGGUCGUACGAUGGCAUGUACCGUUCUCUGGCAGUGCUGCACUUCGUCGUGGUCGUGCUUUACGCUCCUCUCGCCGUGCACGAACGCAGAAAGAAGACGGGCUCAUUCAAAGCACACACUGAUUCCUGCACACACAUUACGAAGCUUUGAAUACACAGCUAUACGCCCGAAAUGGACUGCAUCUACGCGACAAUUCUGUCACAUGGAACGUCCAGAGCGCAAGUAACCGUGCGGAAACUGCCCUGAAAGCACGCAUCUUGGAAUGCGUGCCGCCCGACAAAC